AUGGUGAGGGUCGAAUUUGAAGCACCCGGAAUAUAUAUUUAUCUAUAUGUAUUAUUUUUAUCAAGAUUAUUUGAUCUUGAUGUAAUUGGUAUGUUGUCCAAGUCCAAGGUAUAUAGUAAACAAUGUAUUUUAUUGCCAGUAAAAUCUGUAGUAGGUGUGACACAUGUUUUGCUAAGAGCCGUAUCGUCAGUCGUUCCUACAAUUGUAGGACGCCUUUAUGACCUCCUUGAUUUUCAUAGUUGUCUACUGUUCCUUGUCAACGCUCUAUUUUGA